CUUUAUUUAUCUAUCACCAUCACACCACCAUUUCCUCUCCAAUUAAUCCAUCCAAAUCCCAUCUAUAUUCAACUAACAUCACCAACAAUAUGCUACAUCCAGCCCCCGAUCUGCUACCGCCGCCCUCCUCCCCCACCAUCUCCUCCGUCUCCUCCUCUGAUCUCGACACUGAGUCGACAGGGUCUUUCUUCCAUGAUAGAAGCACUACAUUGGGAACAUUGAUGGGAGUCAAUUUUCCGGCUAUCACUUUUCGAGCUCCUUCCCGCCACCAUCGCGAGACGCAACAGGAAAGCGCCGGUUCGGCUUCUGCGACGGCGACGAAAUUCAAGAAGAGGAGGGCGCUGACUGCUGCUUUCGGGGCGGAGCUUCUAGGGAGGCGGCGAAGGAAGUGGUGGCAGUUAUGCAGGGACGGAGAUUCCAAGCCGGCUUCACUGGGAGAGUUCCUGGAUGUGGAGAGGAGGUUCGGAGACGGCGCGUUUUACGGUGCGGCGGCGGAGCUUGAAGGAGUGAUGGGGACGGCGCACGAUGAGCAUCAUGAUGCGAGGAAUGGACGGUCGUUGUUUGCUGGUGGAAGGGUGUUGCCUCCAUCUCAUCCGGGCGGUGAUGAUGAAGAAGAAGAUGAAAAGGCCGGGGGUGUUUGUAGAUUCCCGGUGUCGCUCACGGGGAUAUGUAGCGGUGGCGUUGGAUAGAGCGUACACCUUUUGACUUGUCUGCUCACCCUGCAUUUUUUUUAUUGUUUUUCUCAGUGCAUAAUUAUAAACUUGUCUAUCGCUUUUUUUCUUUUGGAACAUCCCAAAAGGA